AUGGUGGACACGGAUUAUAAGAAGGCGCGUAAAUUUGAAGGGGGAUUACGGAGCGCUAUCCUGGAUAAGGUCAACAUGUUGAAGUUACCCACUUACGUUGAUGUGUUGGAGAGAGCCGUUAUAGCGGAAGGGAAUCUCGCUACUCAGAGUCGAAUUUCAGAAUGGAAAGGGAAGAGGCAAAAUACUCAAUGGUCGAAGGGGUCACCUACUCCACCAAAUAAGAAGCAGACUUUGAGGAGUUUAAAUACUUCCACCCCUAGUCAGGAAUCAAUACCGACUUGUCCGGAAUGUGGGAAGAAGCAUUAUGGGACGUGCUAUCGGAAGUCUGGAGCCUGUUUUCAGUGUGGUAAGACGGGUCAUUUGAUCAAGGAUUGCCCUCAAAGAAGUCAACAGAGCAAUAAUAGGACCGCUAGAAGUUCAGCGGGGUCUGCACCAACUUCCAACACCAAGACAACUGCUAAACCUACUGAUAAUAAAGACACUGUGAGACAAGGCAGGGUGUUCGCAUUGGUUCUGGGAGAUGUGCAAAAUGCGGCAACAGUGGUGUUAGGUACAUUUAUUGUUCACGGUCAUUUUGCUCAUGUAUUAUUUGAUUCUGGCUCCACCCACUCUUUUGUGUCGAAAUAA